AUUCUUCGCCUUCUCAUUCCUCUUCUUUUCCACUCUCUCUCUCUCUCUCCCUCCCUCUCUCUCUUCUUGGUUUCUGACGCUCUUUCUUGGAUCUGCAGAACUGCAUCUCCUGCAACUUGUCUCUAACUGCAGUCACCCUUUCUCAUGCUCAUUUCUUUUCUUACCCAGUGAAGCAUAAGCGGUGAAGCAAGAAUGCGUGCCCCUGGAUCAUUCAAGAGAGAUUUUCUGAAGAAAUGGCUAAUGGGUCUCCAAAUAUGCAGUUCUCUGAAGAAGAACAUGAACAUAUUGGAGAGGAAGAAGGCUAUUAAGCUCUCGGCGGACAUAGCCGUGGCUUCCGCCAGAAAUGCUGCAACCUGUUGGAGUGACACCCUUCUCGCCAACGCUUCCAAAGAUGACAGAAACAAAAUCAUCAUUCAACAGGUAUUAGGUCAUGGCUAUAGUGACAUUAUAAACAAAGCACCAAUCAGAUCACAAGUCAUUUGCAGCAAAAAGAGGGUUAGAAGCAGUAGCAUCUUGAGAAGAAGCCGCCGUAUCCGCAGAGCCAAGAAAAGAGCAACCCAAAGGGUUGUAGCCACCUGUACGGCAAAGCAAUUGGUGAAGAAAAGAACACAAGUGCUCAAGAGCCUCAUCCCUGGAGGAGAAGCCAUGAAUGAGCUAUUCCUGAUGGAAGAAACCGUUGAUUAUAUCGUUUCUCUUCAAGCUCAGGUCGAUGUCAUGCGGCGUCUCGCAAAGGCAGCUGAGGUCUCAAAUCGUAAAUAAUGGAGAUGCCGAGGCCAUUAAUAGUGGAAUAUCAAUAUUUGUUUUAUAUUUUGGUCAUUUUUACAAGUCUAUAUGAAGGAGAAAGGAGCUGAGUAGAGUUUAGGCAUGUACAGAUGAAGCAAAUUAGCGCAAGGCAGUCAGAUUCCAUUUCCUUCUUUUCUGCUUUUAUAUUAUUAAUGUUACUAGGAGUUGCACAAAGCUUUCACAA